AGAGGAGCUCAUAUGACUGCACUCCCGCCAGCGACAGACACGGCACUAGAUGUGUAUGCUCGUUCGCUGAGCAGACGGCAGGUUUUGGGCAGCUACCAGCUAGCGACCACGCUCAUACGGCUCUUACACCUCGUUGUCAGCUCAAGCUCGUUUGACUCCCUCGACGAGCUCGUCUCGAUCCUGCGUGCCGUAGGCGCACAGCUAGACAAGGCAGCCGGCAAGCAGCGUGAACUCGUGCUCAACAACGUCCUCCUUCGAGUCGUACGCAACAUCCAAGAGGAGUAUUCGACGGCACUGGCUGGCCAUCUCGAGGCGCUGCCGCUCGCGCAGACGACUACAGAAGAGCAUGUGUCCUCACCCGUCUCGAUGCAAGCUUCGCCCAUCAGCAAGGCACCCAGCGUGACCAACAGCGCCAGCAAGUCUGCUCUGACGCAAAUCAAGGGCUCUGCGGGUAGCACGCAUUCGCUCUUUGACUUGCUCGGACACCGUGAUCAUGCUCCGGCCAGCGAUAUCUCAACGUCGACAACGCCUCGUCACACUGGCUUCUCGCCCUCUCACUCGUCGGUUGACCUGUCCCAGCUCAAUGCAAACGAGCUCAAACGUGGCUUUUUCUCGCGCAAUCACUCAAGCGAGGCAUUCGGGCCUCCUGAUCACAUCGAGGCCACCACGUCCAAAAGUCCGCGCGCCGAGUUGUCUUCUUCCAGCACCAGUCUCGACCCCCUCCAGAGCUCGCAGGGGCCGCAAAGAGCAGAGAGUCGUGCGUUUGACAAGCGCAUUGAGCAGCUCAAGCCGGUGUUUUGCGACGCCAUCACGGAUUUGCUGGACGAGGUCGAGACAUCUGCAGAGAACAUUGGCGCGCAGGCUCCUGACCACAUCCAUUCGUCCGAAAUCAUUCUGACCCUUGCGCACUCAAAGACAGUCGAGACAUUUCUCAAGACCGCUCAUGCCAAGAAGCGACGCUUCACAGUCGUAGUGGCAGAGAGCGCGCCCUCCUUCACGGGGCGAUCGAUGGCGCUUGCGCUUUCCAACGCCGGCAUCGACACUGUGCUUUUACCAGAUGCCGCCGUCUUUGCUCUCAUGUCUCGCGUUUCCAAAGUCAUUCUCGGCGCGCACAAUGUCCUCGCAGAUGGUUCCUUCGUGGCUCAUACGGGCGCUCUGCCCAUUUGCCGCAUCGCCAAGGCGCAUCUCGUGCCCGUUGUCAUCUGCGCAGGCGUCUACAAGUUCUCGCACGUCUUCAUGGCCGACGAUACGGCGUUGCUCGACUUUGCAAGUCCAACAGAGCUCCUCGCGCAAGAUGAGCGCAAGACGAAACCUCGGAUCGGUCUCCACGGCGAAUGUGACUUUGUAGCGCCCUACUUUGAUCGCGUGCCAUCGCAGCUCGUCAGCUUGUUCAUCACUAAUCUGUACGUGGCCACUCAGUCGUCGACAGCAGGGUACGUGCUGAAUCCUGGCAUGGACAGGGGAGCACAUCCGGCGGGAACGACCUACAAGGUCUUGCAGGACUUGCUAGGCGCAUAGUUCGGC